AAACGAUUCAAUGAACUUCAUAACAAUUAAACCAUGUGUAGAUUGCUACGUUUCGGAUUGAUAAAAGAUAACAAUCGGAAUAUUUUUAUUAAUUCAUUCGCAAUCUAAAUUGCAGGACUCACUCGAUCAAGGAAGGUAGUCUAUAAUCGUCCGUGCGUAAGUAAUAGAUACGACAGAUUAUUGAAUUAUUUGCAAAGAAGAAGAUUAUUUUUAAAACGUGAAGUGAUUUCAUUAAUUUCAAAGUGGUUCAAAUAUGACUGAUACGGGCAAUAUUAGAAAAGACCUUUUAGAUGAAAUAGUGAAUAGGAAGCGAAUGGGAGACAAGAAGUUUCAUUCGGAGACUUCUUUGCAGCAUUAUGAGGAACCAGAAGAUGAACCUGAUUAUGACGUGGAAGCUGACAGAGAUCCGGGGGUUGUAAAUACAUCAGUAAAUGGGUCUUCGGGGGAAGAAACCUCCCGGCGGCGGCGCACUGUGUCCCAGCCGGGCCCGGUGUCGGGGAAUUUCCUGACGGCCAGCGCCGCCCGCGCAGCGCGCCGCCGCCCGCAGCGCAGCGUCAACUACGCAGCUAACAUCGAAAGAAAUGAAUCUAUUGAGAGACCCCCAAAAAUCAUAAUUCCGGGAAGGAAUGACGACUCCGGCUCCAAUACGCCAGUUGGUGAUCGACACAGUCCACUUCCAUACAACGGCACUUACAAAAGCAAUGGCGACAUGAAGUCACUAAACAGCUACCGGCUAUACGCGCCCGCAAACGACAUGCGCGGCGGCGCGACUCCGCGCAAGCGCUCCGUCGUCACCAUGGAUGCGCUGUCUAUCCGCUCCGUGGAGACACACGCGCCGGCGCCGACCAGGCCCGAAGAUAACAAGCGGCUUACGAAUGAAUAUUUGAAUAUCAUUUUAAGCUCAAUUUACGCCAUAUUAUUAGUAACCUUUGGGCUGAUUGUCUUCUUAGCGGAGCCAUUCGUCGACUAAAUAUCUAUAUCUGAAAUCUAAAAUUAUGUCAUUUGUUUUUUUUUUUAGUAUUAUACAAUGGCGCUGACCUGCAUAGGAUUCAUUUAUCACUUAUAUUUGUUCAUCGAUAUAGGCCGAUACAAGAGUAUUGCCUUGCAUAAUCAGAAAAUGAAAGGUCUGCACGAGCAAAAGAUUGUGGAUUAUUUUAGGAAACAAGAGGAAGAAUUUGGCCAAAGUAUGCCGGGUAGUCCCGGCUCCGAAGCAUUCAAACCGCCGCCACUACUCAUUCCCUUAAAACAUGCUUAUUGCUUCAGUCAAGGCCGACAUUCCGGCAGUUUCUAUCUUAAACUUGGCGCUGCUGGUUUCGCUAUGGGCCACUUAGUCCACUCUGUGCUGCUGAUCGUCAACCAGGUGGCUUACAUAAUCGACGACAACGUUAACAACGACAAGUGCGUCAACUACUCGCAGAUCGCACAGGACAUAUUCAGCCCUAUCUACUGUUUCCAGCAGCUUUUCUUCGUGUUUAAGUACUCAAACGUCAUCGUUUUAAGAAAUAAGGGUUUAGCAAGCUACGCCUUCAUGCACAUAAUUGGGAGCAGUCUUUGCUUCUGGAUCGGCACAAUCGUCCGGGAGACAUUAGUGGCACUCACUAUCUACGCCUACUCACAAUAUGGACCUGGAGGGCCAAGAAAUGUUGAAGAAAAUCAUAAAACGAUUUAUAAAUUAGGGCAUGUAACAUUUUCAGCUUCGAGCCAACAAAGCAGAGUGUUUGACGUGAGCGGCCUGUACGACGAAGAGUGCUUAGGAUCCACCGCUGUCAUGGGAGUGAUUGAGAGCUUCUCGCCGUACCUUUACCCGUUCAGUGUCGAGUUCAAUAUACUAAUAGUUGCCAUAUACUACAUAAUUUGGAGCAGUAUCGGUAAAUGCGACAACGAGGAUAGCGGAGACGGCUCUUCUAGCUUGGGCGACCACAACACCAUUUGCCAAAUCCCCACAGCAAACGAGGACAAUGACUUCACAAGCAACAUCGUGAUCCAUGCAGACUGCCACGCAUCCAACCGCGGCAUGUUCAUAGGGCUGGUGCUGAUGGUCUUCGUGGUGGGCAUGCUCAUCGUCGGUUUCGUCUUCAGCAGCGGCGGCGAGGGACUUUUGGAGAUCGGAUACUUGAUGAACGACUCCGCCAAACUGGGACUUCACGCGGCAAUGUUCAUCGCGGCCAUAUUUGCUUACUUCCAGACGAGGAAGUUGGACAUCAACGAACAUCCCAUUUCCCUUCUUGACGACAUUUUACUCUUUAUCUGCAUACCCGCCUUCUUUUUGGAGACAGUACUGUCUUUGGUGGCUACGAUCACGAUACUUAACGUUGUGAAAACUGUCGAUUUGAUACUUAUGAUGAUCCAAGUGGUGUUGCAAACGGCGUUACUAGUGGACGGCCUGCGGCGUUGCAGCAACAGCCGCAAGCUGCGGCGCAGCAAGCCGGGCCGCGAGCUGCUCAUGUUCCUCAUCAUUGCCAACGUGGGUAUGUGGCUCCUCAACACCUUCUCCUACAAGAGCCCGGAGAGCCUCGACGAGCGGUACGCGUACUACGGGAAGGUCACGUGGACCAUACUCGGCCACAUCAGCCUGCCGCUCAUCAUGUUCUACCGGUUCCACUCGAGCGUUUGCUUCGUGGACAUGUGGGACUCCGCCUACAAACCGGGCUCAGAACAUUAGAACAAAUGCUUCUUUCUCUGUC